AUGCGUUCAACGGCUGUCUUCACUAAUCCUUAUGCAAUAGAAGUUCUUCAGACAAAGAAGAAGGAAUUGGUUGAAGGCAUUUUUAAUACUGAGGAUCUUCUGAACCUUCUCAUUAACAAGGGAGUGUUUCCUCCAGAAAAGAAAAUGCUUGUGUUCUACAACAGAACACGAGAGGAAAAGAACUCCAGAGUUCUGGAUAUCCUGGUUUCCCAAGGUGAGCGAGCAUGCCGGCUGUUCUUCUAUCCUUGUUUGAAACUUGUUGAGCCUGACUUGUACCAGAACAUUAAAACAUUUUUGGGUGGCAUAAAUGACAGUGUGCAUGAUACUCGGAGGCAGCUGAUUGGAUAUCUCCUGGAACGGGACAAGAGGGGCUCACUGGUCCCUAAGAAGAAUUUAGAUAUAGUAAUUCCACAAAAAGAAGAAACAUUUCCACUCAGCAAGGAAAAACCAAUGACCUCAUUGGAAGGAAAUGUAAGGGCACCUAAGAUGGUACAGAAACAAUCUGGAGAUGUCUUCAAUGCAGCUGCAAUGGGAAACCUGUCAUUAUUGGAGAGCCUUUUAAAGGGCAAUGAUGUCAACCAUGUCAGUUCAUCCCAGGAGACACUCUUACACAUUGCUGCUCAGCAUGGUCAAACUUCCAUCGUAGAGUUUCUUAUCAGUAAAGGAGCCAGACUAGACAUAAAGGAUGGCCAGGGCUGCACAGCUCUGCACAGGGCAGCAGAAAAAGGCCACACAUCUACAGUCCAAGCGCUGGUGCAGGCUGGGGCAGACAUCUAUGCUAUGGACAAAAAUGGCAAAAUGCCUCUCCACUUGGCGGCAAGGAACAAACAUCUUAGCACUGUCAAGGCUGUGGUGAAGGAGGAAAUCAGGCACUUCAAACAUCAUAAAACCUUCCUGCAUAUGGCUGCUGCAGAAGACGAUGCGAACCUGGCUCAGAUUCUCCUACAGAGUGGUGCUUCUGUGGACGCUAGGGAUAACCAGAAGAAGACUGCUCUGUUUUAUGCCAUUAGCCACGGCUCUGAAAAAACAGUGAAGGUUCUUCUUGAGGCAGGUGCCAAAGUAGACUCUGUCAUUAUCGAUGCAGCAUUUAAUCUAAACUGCCAGUCUAUAUGCAGUCUUCUUCUAGACUACAUACAGGGGCUGACCCCAGAUAAUGUAAAGACUAUGCUUUUCAAAGCUGUGCAGAGAAACAUGGAGGGGAUUGUAGCUGCUUUGAUAGAAAAUGGUGCGGACGUAAACAUGCGCAAUGAACUACACUACACACCUCUGCUUCUGGCUGCAGAGCUGGGCAAUGUGGAAACUGUCAGGGUACUAGUUGCUAAAAAGGCCAGUUUAGUAUCAAAACUGCCAAAUAGUAACUCCACCCUCCAUCUAGCUGUUCAAAAUGGUAGUCUGGAAAUAACAAGACUGCUACUGGACAAGGGUCUGGAUGCCAAUAUAGUUGGGCUCAGUGAACGGACACCCUUGCACUUGGCAGCCUUGUACAACAAGCCAGCUCUAGUGGGGGCAUUGCUGAAUGCAGGGGCUCAGGUGAAUGCUGUCACUAAAGAGGGACUGACACCACUUCAUGUUGCCAGCCAGCACAACCAUAAGGAAACAGUACAGGAGCUAUUAAAAGGCAAAGCCAAUGUCCAUACAAGAGACAAGCAUGCCAGGACAGCCUUGCACUAUGCUGCUGCUCAAGGAGGUGCUCCUGUGGUGCAGCUCUUGCUUUCUUCUGGGGCUGAUUCCAAUGCUGCUGACAAGGAGAAGAAGACUCCAUUACAUAUGGGAGCCAAGGAGGGCAAGUCAGAAGUAGUCUCUGCCAUGCUGAUGCAAAAGGCACAGAGUAGAGCCAAGGACAUGGAUGGCUGCACACCUCUGCAUUAUGCAGCUGCCAAUGGGUACACAAAAGUAGCAGCGGACCUCCUGUCAUCUGUGAAAAAUAAAAAUGUGGAUGACAAGAACGUGUGGCGGAGGACCCCCCUGCACAUGGCAUCAGAACAGGGCCAUGACAGUCUGUCUGAACUCCUCUUGCAAAGUGGGGCCAAGAUCAAUGCUCUGGAUAAUAACAAGGACACCCCACUGCACUGUGCCACUCGUUCUGGGCACAUUAGCUGUGUCCAGAGACUGGUGAGCUGGGCUAAGGAUGAGAAAGCCAACCUGCAGGCCACAAACAAUGUGCAGAAAACACCACUGCAAGUGGCUGAGUCCAAGGACACAGAGAACCAUCAGCACAUUGUCAACCUGCUCAAGAAGAAGAUGUUUCUGAUCAAAUAG